UUAAAGCUAUGUUUUCUAGCAUUUAGGGACAUGUGCUCAUGGAAUUGUAGACUAAAAAUCUAUCAUCCACUUACCUCAUAUUCCCAUGUUGUUGCUUAAGUCUGUAUUUGUAAUACCAGUGAUGGCAGCUAAUUUUCUAACACUUCCUGUAUGUGUGCUGGAUUUUUUCAAACUGUUAUGUUUUUUUGGUUUUGAAAGCUGGCCCUCCUCUUCAGAUUACCUUCUGAAGGUUUUCAUUCACUUGAAACUUGCUUUCGACGGGGUAUUAAAUCCUGCAAGUGAAAAAUCUUCCAGACUUAUCCCUGCUAAUAUCAUUGUGGUGGACGUAAAUUGAACAAAAAUCACAAAAUGCCAUUGCCAUACACUACUUACCUCAAUCUCACUGGAUUAUGUUGCUGCACAUUUUGCUUUCUACUCACAAUCCCCUUGAAGACUACCCUACAUAUCAUCAAUUAUUGCAGAUCUGCAUUCACAAGAAAGCGCUUUCACUAGGGAAAAAAGUCCACUCCUACAUUACUCACAGGCGAUUUUCAUUUGCUACGCGCACUACUCUUCAUAAUAAGCUUAUUUACAUGUAUGUCAAGUGCGGAAGUUUGGUGGAUGCCCGUAAUGUGUUUGAUCACAUGAGAGAACGAGACGUAGUCUCAUGGAAUACGAUUAUUGCUGCGUACAAAAGACAUGGGUGUCCUCACGAAGCAGUCACACUUUUUCACUGUAUGCAACAAACAGGUCUCCAACCUGAUCGGUUUACAGUUGCCAGCAUUCUCCCUGCCUGUGCCAAAAUAGGAGCUUUAGAACAGGGUAUGGACAUUCAUAAAAGCAUAAAGGAUACAGGAAUUUUGUCAGAUGUUGUAGUUGCAACUGCCCUGAUAAACAUGUAUGCAAAAUGUGGAAGCAUAGACAAGGCACGCGAACUGUUUGACAUAAUACCUCAAAGAGAUGUUUUCUCGUGGACUGCAAUGAUUGCAGGCUAUACCCAAAAUGGAUUUGUUGAGAAGGCUUUAGAAACUUUCAAUCAAAUGCAAUUGGCAGGUGUAAGACCAAAUUCUACAACCUUUGUCAGCAUCCUUCCUGCCUGUGCCAAAAUGGGAGCUCUGGAACAGGGUAUUAGCAUCCACCAAAGCAUAAAGGAUAUAGGAAUUUUGUCAGAUAUUGUUGUUGCAACUGCCCUGGCAGACAUGUAUGCAAAAUGUGGAAUUAUAGACAAGGCACGUGAACUGUUUGACGAAAUGCCUCAAAGAGAUGUGUUUUCGUGGACUGCAAUGAUUGCAGGCUAUGCACAAAAUGGAUUUUUUGAAAAUGCUUUAGAAACUUUAAAGCAAAUGCAAUUGGCAGGUGUAAGGCCAAAUUCUACAACCUUUGCCAGCAUCCUCCCUGCCUGUGCCAAAAUAGGAGCCUUGGAACAGGGUAUGCACAUCCACCAAAGGAUAAUGGAAGGAGGAUUUUUGUCAGAUAUUGUAGUUGGAAAUGCUCUGCUAGACAUGUAUGCAAAAUGUGGAAGCAUAGACAAGGCACGUGAACUGUUUAACAGAAUGCCUCAAAGAGAUGUCAUCUCAUGGAACGCUAUGAUCUCAGGAUAUGCACAAAAUGGAUUUGAUGAAAAGGCUUUAGAAACUUUCAAGCAAAUGCAAUUGGCAGGUGUACAGCCAGACUCCACAACGUUUGUCAGUAUCCUCCCUGCCUGUGCCAAAAUAGGAGCUUUGGAACAUGGAUAUGCACAAAAUGGAUUUGUUGAAAAGGCUUUAGAAACUUUCAAGCAAAUGCAAUUGGCAGGUGUAAAGCCAAAUUUCACAACCUUUGCUUGUGUUCUAUGUGCAUGCAGCCAUGCUGGUUUAGUAGAUGAGGGCUGUACAUACUUCAAUCAGAUGAGUAAUUCUUAUAGCAUUACACCUACAAUUGAUCAUUAUGUGUGCAUGGUUGACAUUCUUGCCCGUGCUGGCUAUCUUGAGCACUCCCUAAACUUUAUCAUCAAGAUGCCAGUUGAACCUGUGGUGGUCGUGUGGACGAGUUUUCUUAGUGCCUGUAGAUUACAUAUGAAUAUAGGCUUAGGAGUAUUUACAGCGACGCUGCUUUUUGAUUUGGAUCCUAAAAAUGCUGCAACUUAUGUUCUUCUCUCAAAUAUCUAUGCAGAAUUGGGCAGGCAGGAUGAGGUUCAAAUGGUAAGGAGAUUGAUGAAAGAUAGAGAAAUAAAAAAGAUCCCUGGAUGCAGUUGGAUCGAAGAUCAAAAAAUGGUACAUGUUUUUUGUGUAGGAGACAGAUCACAUCCACAGACACACGAGAUAUAUGCAGAGUUGGAGAAAUUGGCUUGGGAGAUGAAGGCAGCAGGGUAUUUUUCGGAUUCAAAACAGUUACUAAAUGAUGUGGAAGAGGAGGAAAAAGACUUAUUUCUCUGCCACCAUAGUGAAAAGCUGGCAAUUGCAUUUGGUUUGUUAAACACACACCCUGAAACAACUAUUAGAGUUGUUAAGAAUCUUCGGGUAUGUGCUGAUUGUCACACUGCAACGAAAUUUAUAUCUAAGAUUGUUGCAAGAGAAAUUGUUGUAAGAGAUGCCAACCGUUUCCAUCAUUUUAAACAGGGAGAAUGUUCUUGUGGAGAUUAUUGGUAAUGAUAAAUGAAACCUUUUGAAAAACAGGUUUGCACUGUAAUAAUUACCCCAUAUCAGACCUGCAGUAAUCAUGAACGGAUAAGGUUUUAUUUCAGAUUCUACAA